AUGGACGGCUACGUUAGGCGUGAGCGAGCUCCCCUGGAGCUGCUCGACGACGAGCCAGUGGGAGAAUGCAGCGACGCCGAGGUGGACGAGGAGGAGCUGAACGACUUCCUGAUGGGAGAGGCGCUUUCAGGCGCGGAACCCAGACAGAAGCGGCGGCACUCCUUCGCCGACAAGUACCUGCGCAAGCUGAUGCGGAGGAAGCAGAGAGCCAACAAACGCAUGGUUCAGAAGUCUAUCGCAAUACAGAGAAAGAGGCGGAGGCGCAGGACCGCGGCACAUGCCUCCAAACUGACUCCGCAACUGGAGAAACUCAUGCAGGAUGCGACGACGCAGUACCUCUGCGGCAACUUUGGGGAUGCCGUCAAGCUGCUGAAGGAGCUGGUCAGACGCGCGCCGGGGCUACACGACCCGUUCCACAUGCUGGGGCUCAUAUACCAGGAGGAAUACAAGGACCCAGUGACCGCCACGGGGUACUACCUGCUGGCGGCACACCUCGUGCAGACGGACCUCGAGCUCUGGCGGCGCAUCGGUGAAAUGUCGCAGCAAAUCGGCAACAUCGACCAGGCCAUAUACUGCUUCAAGAAAUGCCUCAAAACAAGCGAGGGAGAGCCCAAUGAGGAAGCGAACUUCGCCCUGGCCAUGUGCUACCUGGAAAAGAACGACCAUCACAACGCCAUCAAAAGGUUGCACCUGCUGUUCCAGAUACACCCAGAUGAUGCGUUGCUGUUGAGCGAGCUCACGAAGUCGCUCAUGGCCGUCGGUGAUAAGGAGACGCUGCUAGGGGUGCUGAUGACAUUCUACCGAAGCACCGGCAACAUCGACGUGGCAACGAGCGCGUGCCAGCUGCAGAUUAACCUCAAACUCUAUUCGGAGUGCGUUGAAUUCGUCACCACGGUAACUGAUGCGUUGCAACUCGACAUACUUAACGUGCCGAUGGACAUGCUCGUGUCGUACGCCAUCGCAUCGCUGCACGGCGACAGCUUUCCGAUAAAGGAGUUGAAUGCGAUAUGGGAGGCAGAAGGCGUGUCAGCACAUCGAUACUACGCAGUGGCGAACGCCAUCGCGAACAAGUGCCAAGAAACGGCCCUCAAGUGGUUCAAGAAGGGAUACAGCGCCGACGACCCCGAGACCGUUAACGCCAUGCUGCCCGAGCACGCGAUACAGAUGGCGAGGGCGCUGGUGAUGGUGGACAAAGACCAUGAAACAGCCGUCGGAAUCUUGCAGACAGUGCUGGCGCGCGAGCCGACGAACUCGCAGGUUAUCAUACUGCUGGCUGACAUCCUGGGCGACGCCGGGAAGCACUCCAAGGCCGACGAGCUGCUAGCGCGACUGACGACCACCGACCUGGAUAGACUUAAAAUGAUACAGAAGCCUAUCGACGCGGAGGAACGCGUGUCUGAGAUCAAGAGUCUCGUGGACGCGGUGCAAUCGCUCGUGCUUGAGUGCUUCAGUAUCGUCCACCUCAGGCCGGAUCCGUGUAUAUUGUUGGUGAAGGAUGGGAUGCGGGAUUCCCCCGGGUUUGCAUCUAUCAUGGAGGAAGUUAAUCUCUGGAUUGAUCGCUUCGUAAGGGUGGUCAGCGACUGCGAGCUCGACACGGAGCGCACGUACCAAAAGCUGAGCAACGACAGGCUGAUCAAAUCGCACGCCGAAGAGGCCGUUAGUCUGGAGUACAUGGAUGUGCGCAAGGAAGUCGGGAAAAACUACUCGUUCCUCAAGACCAAAAAGGACCUGGGGUUGCAGUCGGUGGAGGACAUCGUGGGUUGGAAUGGUUACGAGAACCUGCUGAUGUACGCGUCAGCGCUCAUGGCGACGGCGGGGCGUGCCCGAGAGGGCGUGCAGCUGCUCGAAAUCGUCGCAAAUAACAGGAAAAGGUACAAGUCCAACACGGACAUCACGGAGCGAAAACAGCUCCUGUCGACCGUGGAGGAACUCUCCUACCAUCUCAGCUGUUUCGGCGGGAUUUACAAGGUGGCGCUGGUCCACGCGAGGGGCGAACUUGCCAAAAAGGGCAGCCUCAAGAGGUACGGCAUGCUGCUGGCCACCGGCAACCUCGCCAAGGCUGCGCUCGAGCCGCUUUCGUCGUCCUCUGAAAAGGACGCGCUGCUCGAAAACAGGUCAUGGAUAGCCAGGCAGCUGCUACAGAAGCCGCAAAACUACGAGCUGCUCAUGCUGGCAGGGCACUACUGCACCAUGUCCGGCAAGUGGCUCUUCGCCAUCGAGGAGUACAAAAGGGCGCUGAUACAGAGGCCGAACGACUCCGUCGCGGCGCUGUGCCUCGCCACCAGCUAUUUCAACUCGCUCGGGAGCAAAACGAUGGAGUGCACGCAACAUCGCGCGAAGGACACCAAGAAGGGACUGCUGCUCGGCAUGACCUUCCUUCAGUACAGCAUCAAGUUGCGGACCACGCAAACGUCGACGCAUCCGUGCCAUGCGAUAUUCGCCGCGGAGUGUCAAUACAACAUAGCCAGGGCCAUGCACUUCCUCAACCUCGUGCAUAUGGCGGUACCACUGUACGAACAGUGCAUCAACACCAUUAGGGACGCAGAGGAAGAGUUCAAUGGCAUUGAAAGCAGUGACGUGAUCGAGUGCCCGUGCGUCAUAUGCUACAUGAGCCGCAGAAGCGGACACGGCUUCCCGCACGCGACGAGCGAAGUCACUGGCGGAAAGUUCGUCUGGAAUAACGAACGGAAACAGAUUCUGCGGGCGGCGGCAUACAACCUGUUCCUCAUAUACACCUCCAACAAGAACACCGCUCAGGCCGCUGGGAGUAGACAUGUAGCGCAUAAUGCUAAGCACGAAAUACACUUCCGCCUUAAUAGGGGCAUUCUGGGUAACUUCGCGCCGAUUAACGCUCACAGUUUGCCGCAGCGCCAGGCUAGGGCGCUGCGCUCCCGCGCCCUGGUAGCCCAGGCUGAAGAGGCACACUACGUCGUCAGCAACCCCAAAACCGCUGCGGACUGGCCUCCUAAGCACGACCAUGGCGAGCCGAUGACUCUGGAGAAGUGCAAGAAGAUCAUGUACGAUCUCAAUGCGCUGGAGAUGCAUCGAAUGAGGAAUGCGCGCAAAUUCAACGUACUUCGCCUCUCAUAG